AUGAUUACUCCAAAAGUCCAAAGAGAAGAGCCAGCUGCUGCUGAAUCAGUCCAGCCAGCAGCGGUUUUUGGUGUAGAUGGGAAGGAGGUUCGGACAGACCUCUUCUACUACAUCCGACCAGCCAACAACCGCGGCAAAGAUAGAGGAGGAGGGCUCGGGCUGCGCAGCAUUGGCAACGACAGUUGUCCACUUGUCGUAAUCCAGGAAACAAUCGAGCUCAGAGAUGGCCUGCCGCUGACAUUUUCACCGGCCGUGGCCCCUAAGGAUAAUGUGGUACGCGUCUCAACUGAUCUCAACAUCCAAGUUGCAUUUCCGGAUACAUGUAACCAGCCUACUGUUUGGAGAGUUGAUGUUUCCGAUAAAUCUAAAGGAAGGAAGUUUGUGAAUCUUGGUGGGGUGAUUGGAAAUCCGGGGCCUGAGACUCUAGGCAACUGGUUCAAGAUUGAAAAGGUUGGAGAUCAUGGGAACAAGUAUAAGCUUGUCUAUUGUCCAACAAUAUGCAGCUAUUGCAAAGUUAAUUGUAAGAAUCUUGGGAUCGUUUAUCAGAACGGGCUAAGACGUUUGGCUCUGAGUCAUAGACCUUUCAAGAUCAUAUUCACUCAAGCGUGA